GCUGGUUACUGUGGGUCAACGCAGCAUGGGUCCGAUAGAAUGUUGUUAUGAUUGGACGCCGGUCACGACGAAUUGUUAUUCAGGAAACACUAUGAAAGAAAUGGAAGCUUGUCUACUCUCAGCCGCCAAGGAACGGCCUAGUCUGGUGGAAACAUAUCGGAGUACGUAUGGAUCUUACCUUGCGGAUUGCGAUCUCAAAGACAGUGAUGAACUCUCCAACAAGAGUCCAUCCGAUUCAUCCUCGGAAUUGGAUGGUGUGGAAAAUGGAGAAUGCGGAGGACAAGAAAUAAAGAAACCUCUACACCCAAAAUUGGUGAAUAUCAAUGGCACAUUAGAGACAAAAUCUUUGUGGGAUGAAUUUAACGAGUUGGGAACGGAGAUGAUUGUUACAAAAGCUGGAAGGCGAAUGUUUCCAACAUUUCAAGUUAAACUGUAUGGUAUGGAUCCCAUGGCAGAUUAUAUAUUGAUGAUGGACUUCGUGCCUGUAGAUGACAAGAGGUAUCGAUACGCAUUUCACAGUUCUAGCUGGGUCGUUGCGGGGAAAGCAGAUCCAAACAUGCCACCAAGAAUGCACCUUCACCCAGAUUCACCAGCCAAAGGUACUCAAUGGAUGAAACAAGUGAUCUCAUUUGACAAACUCAAGCUCACGAAUAAUCAAAUGGAUGACAACGGACAUAUUAUUUUAAAUUCCAUGCAUCGAUAUCAACCUAGGUUUCAUGUUGUAUAUGUCAAUCCAAAAGGAGAAGAUGCCAGUCAAACACAAAAUUUCAAAACAUUCGUUUUUGCAGAAACAAAAUUCACAGCAGUCACCGCUUAUCAAAAUCAUAGGAUAACACAAUUGAAAAUCGCUAGCAAUCCCUUCGCUAAAGGUUUUCGAGAUUGUGACCCAGAGGACUGGUCUUUGCCUCCUAAUGUAGUAGAAAUGUUAGCCCACGUACCUCCACAACAAAGGGCGAGAAAUCAACACAGACCAAGCUCUUUACAAUUGCUCAGUGUAAACCAGUCUCCGACAUAUGGCAAAGUUGAAAAAGAUGAAGAAGUUGAUCAGCUUUCUGGAUCUAUUUUCAACCGAGCACUCAGCAGCAAUAUCCAUGUUCCUAAUCAACAAACUUGUCCCAUUUCUCAGCCUUACCAUAGUGAUGUGUGCUCAUAUACACCGACAUAUGACAACUACUUAUAUCAAAUGAAAUCUCGUACAACUCCUUACUCGAGACCUACAAUCCCUUAUACGGGCUAUAACGCAAGCCAAAGCUAUAGUCUUUAUUCUAGCUCACGCCCAAAACAAAAUGAGUAUGCAUCCAGAUGAAAAAUUAUAUUCACUUUGAUGCAGUCAUUUGAUGAAUUCCGGUAUUGCUCACAAACUAUUAUAUAAGAGAACACUGCUAUGUGCAAUAUAAAAUAUUUGUAAAUGUUCAGCUAAGCGAAUAUUUGAAAAACAUAUCUGCUCAUGAACAGUUUUGUACAGUAUGCUUUCUUUAUUGUAUGUUAUUUGAAUAAAGUUUAUAUUAUUGAUCUCA